AGGAAUCUGACUACAGAGUGCAUUGCAGUUUCAAGAAGCAAAGCAAACAAAUCAAGUUUAUACAAAAAUAAUAGUGAUUUUGUUGAAAUUUAAUCUUUUGUUAAAUAUCUAAUAUCUUAUAAGUUAUUUAAAUUUUGUAAAACACUCUAAAUGGUAUAAGCAGUUAUUCAAAAAUGGAUUGUCAAGAUGCUGGAGAGAAAGAAAACGGUGAGAUGGAUUGCACCAGACUUAUUAGUAGUACUCCAGAUCCAGAUUCACAAAAAAGUACUCAAACCACUUCGGAGCUAGUCGAUUUAACAAUUAUUUAUAACAAGAGCAAAUUCGAAAUAAAAUUUUGCUUGGACGAAAAUGUUGGACAAUUGAAGAAACAUUUACAAAAUGUUAUAAAUGUACCACACUCGUUGCAGAAAGUUAUGAUAAAGGGUCUUGCAAAAGAUGAAAGGAUUUUGCGAGAACUAGGCGUUGUAAAAGGUGCUAAAAUUAUGGUGGUCGGCUCAAAACUUGAAGAUGUGAUAGCUGUUUCGGUUCCAGAUCCUCAAGAGGCAGCAGAUGACAAGGCAAGUGCUGUGGCUACAAAAGAACCAUUCUGCAAACAGAAAAUUCACAGAAAAGUUCUUGAUAAAGGAGUACCUGAGGAUGCGAUGCCGGGGAUCAUCAACACAAAAGAGACCUUGCCGCCUUUUCCGUUGUCUGGAAUGCUGAACAAGUCGGGUGGUAAAGUGAGACUGACCUUCAAGUUGGAGCUUGAUCAGCUGUGGAUUGGCACCAAGGAGCGGACUGACAAAAUUCCCAUGAACUCGAUAAAGAGCAUCGUCAGUGAGCCCAUUCAAGACUUUGAGGAGUAUCAUAUCAUGUGAUGUUUGGUUGCAGGGCUUGCAGCUGGGCACAACGGAGGCAUCGCGCUACUGGGUGUACUGGGUGCCUGCCCAGUAUGUCGAGUCCAUCAAGGAAGCCGUUCUUGGCACCUGGCCACUCUGAUCUCCACUUCCGCUUCGUAUCAGUGUUUACCUACCAAGUGAGACAUUCAAACCAGUCAACCAGUUGUCAUUGAUUCUUAAGGAGUGAGUACCGUACCUCCCCCUAACACUUCUAAAUUGUUUCUCUCAGGUAUUUUAAUACCAAUUAAGAUCAUCAAUAAUUUUAGAAUAAUUUCACAAUAUUUACCUUCCAAUUCUGGUGAUUAUCAGUUUAAAAUGUAAUUCGAUCUUUCGUAAAUACAUAUCCAUCAAGUUAUUGUCGCAAGAAGUGAUAAUUCAUUAUAUUUAUUCAAGUAAUGAAAAUUCAUUUCACAUUACUUAAAAUAACUGUGAAAAUUGUUUUACAUUGCCAAGUUCUGUUGAGCCUUGUGACUUGAAUUUAUAAUUUGAAAAGUGAAUAAUCAACACAAUACUGUAUAUUAUCUGUUGAAAUUGCAGCAAAUAAUAAGGUUGGAAUUUCAUUUAAUGGACUGAAUUCAUAGACAAUCGUUAUUUGGUUUAACAUUCAACACUAUAGCCUGUACAUCAUAUUGUUUAGUUGUACAUUUUUGCCCCAAAUUAUAUCUUCACGGCUUUCAUUUAUUGAGUCAUAUCUUUAGUCAAAAACAGUUUCACAUUAUAUUCCUGAACAUGUUUGUGAUUUUUUCAAGUUAAUUAUCAUAAAAAGUUAUUCCUUCAAUUUAUUGAAGAAUUUGUUUGACGUUCAAAAGUCUUCUGCUACUACACCUUUCUGGUUUCCUUUAAAUCAAUAUUUAAACCCGCAUUGAAAGCUUAUCUAAUUAAGCAUUUGAACUGCUCGAGCUAGCUAUACUACUUUUUGAUGAAAAGUAUUGAUCAUUAUAAAGGCGACUAUUCUCUCAAUAUAAUAAAGAUUCUCUGUGCACAUUCUCUGUUUACCAAUUUUUCAAACAUCAUAUAUCAACAGUUGAAUUAUCAAAUUAAAAUUCCCUUUUUGAUAUUUGUGAAUAAUUACUGUAAUUGGAUAAUACUACUGUAUACAAUCUUAUCAAUUCCUCCGUAUUUUAUUCAAUGUUCUCGUAUCUGUUCCCCUCAGUGGUUCCUAGUUGAUGAACCUCAAAAAUGUGUAAUGAAUUUUCUAGUUUUAUACGUGCGUGAUAUACUAGAUUUUCUUGAAAUUUCUUUCUCUUUCGUCCAUUAAGAUAGUGCAAGCUAUAAUAAUAUUGUCAAAUAUCAUCUCUUAAUGAAUCAAUAUAUUGAUUUGUGAAUUACAGUGAUUGUAUGACAUUCAUAUAAUAUUCUAGAUGGUUUUUGAUGGCAAAAUGCUCAUCUUUGUAAACUUCCUUCAUCUGUUUGAUGUUUUCUACUGUUCAAAGUUAUUUCUUGUAAAAUAAAUGUGUUAUUUUCCAACAAG